CAGAGAAGCGGCCGCGGCGGUAGAGGCGGCGGAGACGGUUUCUCCAUCUCACCCCCCCUCCCCUUACCCCUCAGAGUUUCCCUCCCUCCCUCCUUCCUAGUCUGGGCAUCGGGGCCUGUGACCGCUUCGUUAGCGGAGAGGGAGCUGCCAGUCCUCUUCGGUGGGCCUAUGCCCUGCGCCGUUCGCGGGGCCUCAUGCUGAGAGGGACACGCAGUAAGAAGCGGUCGUAGCAGCUUUGCGGUGAGAGCACGCCGGGCCGGGGAUCCUGGUGGCGGGUAACGCGGGACUCGAGGGUUAUUAGUGCAUCCCUGAGUAUGAAUGCAGAAUGAAGCGACGUUUGGAUGACCAAGAAUCACCAGUGUAUGCGGCUCAGCAGCGGCGGAUCCCUGGUAACACAGAGGCUUUUCCUCAUCAGCACCGAGUGCUUGCCCCCGCCCCUCCUGUGUAUGAAGCUGUGGCCGAGACCAUGCAGUCAGCCACGGGCAUUCAGUACUCCGUCACUCCCAGUUAUCAGGUUUCAGCUGUGCCACAGGGCUCUGGUGGCAGUCAUGGACCCACCAUAGCAGCGGUUCAUAGCAGCCAUCAUCACCCAACAGCUGUGCAGCCCCACGGAGGCCAGGUGGUCCAGAGUCAUGCUCAUCCAGGCCCACCAGUUGCACCAGUGCAGGGACAGCAGCAGUUUCAGAGGCUCAAGGUGGAGGAUGCACUGUCCUAUCUUGACCAGGUGAAGCUGCAGUUUGGUAGUCAGCCUCAGGUCUACAAUGAUUUCCUUGACAUCAUGAAGGAAUUUAAAUCACAGAGCAUCGACACUCCAGGAGUGAUAAGUCGUGUGUCCCAGCUCUUCAAAGGCCACCCAGACCUGAUCAUGGGCUUCAAUACCUUCUUGCCUCCUGGCUACAAGAUUGAGGUGCAAACCAAUGACAUGGUGAAUGUGACAACUCCUGGCCAGGUCCAUCAGAUUCCCACCCAUGGCAUCCAGCCCCAGCCUCAACCACCACCCCAACAUCCUUCCCAGCCUUCAGCCCAGUCAGCCCCAGCUCCUGCCCAGCCAGCUCCUCAGCCCCCACCUGCCAAAGUCAGCAAGCCUUCCCAACUACAAGCACAUACUCCCGCCAGCCAGCAGACCCCCCCACUCCCACCAUACGCAUCCCCACGCUCUCCACCUGUCCAACCUCAUACACCAGUGACAAUCUCGUUGGGAACGGCCCCAUCCUUGCAGAACAAUCAGCCUGUGGAGUUUAAUCAUGCUAUCAACUAUGUUAAUAAGAUCAAGAACAGGUUCCAGGGCCAACCAGACAUCUAUAAAGCAUUCCUGGAAAUUUUGCACACAUAUCAGAAAGAGCAGCGAAAUGCCAAGGAAGCUGGAGGAAACUACACUCCAGCGUUGACUGAGCAGGAGGUUUAUGCCCAGGUGGCUCGCCUUUUUAAAAAUCAGGAAGAUCUGUUGUCAGAAUUUGGACAGUUUUUACCAGAUGCCAACAGCUCUGUGCUUUUAAGCAAAACAACUGCAGAGAAGGUUGAUUCUGUGAGAAAUGACCAUGGAGGCACUGUGAAGAAGCCCCAACUGAACAACAAGCCACAGAGGCCCAGCCAGAAUGGCUGCCAGAUCCGGAGGCACUCUGGAACAGGAACCACCCCUCCGGUGAAGAAGAAACCCAAACUUCUCAGCCUAAAGGAUUCUUCUAUGGCAGAUGCCAGCAAGCAUGGUGUAGGAACUGAAUCAUUAUUUUUUGAUAAGGUUCGAAAGGCUCUGCGGAAUGCAGAGGCCUAUGAAAAUUUCCUGCGCUGUCUUGUUAUCUUUAACCAGGAGGUGAUCUCUCGGGCUGAGCUUGUGCAAUUAGUCUCUCCUUUCCUGGGGAAAUUCCCUGAAUUGUUUAAUUGGUUUAAAAACUUUCUGGGCUAUAAGGAGUCUGUACAUUUGGAAACCUUUCCAAAGGAACGAGCUACAGAAGGCAUUGCCAUGGAAAUAGAUUAUGCCUCUUGUAAACGGUUGGGUUCCAGCUACCGAGCCCUCCCAAAGAGUUACCAGCAGCCCAAGUGUACAGGACGGACUCCUCUCUGUAAAGAGGUUUUAAAUGAUACCUGGGUUUCCUUCCCUUCCUGGUCUGAAGACUCCACCUUUGUUAGUUCCAAGAAAACUCAGUAUGAAGAACAUAUCUAUCGUUGUGAAGAUGAACGCUUUGAGCUUGAUGUAGUUUUAGAGACCAAUCUGGCAACAAUCCGGGUUCUGGAAGCAAUACAGAAGAAGCUUUCCCGCUUGUCUGCUGAGGAACAAGCCAAAUUUCGCUUGGACAACACCCUUGGGGGCACAUCAGAAGUCAUCCAUCGAAAAGCACUCCAGAGGAUAUAUGCUGACAAAGCAGCCGACAUCAUUGAUGGUCUGAGGAAGAACCCCUCCAUUGCUGUCCCCAUUGUACUUAAAAGGUUGAAGAUGAAAGAGGAAGAAUGGCGAGAAGCCCAGAGGGGCUUUAACAAGGUGUGGCGAGAGCAAAAUGAGAAAUACUACUUGAAGUCUCUGGACCAUCAGGGUAUCAACUUUAAACAGAAUGACACCAAGGUCCUGAGGUCUAAGAGCUUACUCAACGAGAUUGAGAGUAUCUAUGAUGAGCGGCAAGAGCAGGCUACUGAAGAAAAUGCUGGCGUACCUGCUGGCCCACACCUCUCUCUGGCCUAUGAAGACAAGCAGAUCCUGGAGGACGCCGCUGCCCUGAUUAUCCACCAUGUGAAGAGACAGGCAGGCAUUCAGAAGGAGGACAAGUACAAAAUCAAGCAGAUCAUGCAUCACUUCAUUCCAGAUCUGCUGUUUGCUCAGAGGGGUGAUCUCUCGGAUGUAGAAGAAGAGGAAGAAGAAGAGAUGGAUGUAGAUGAGGCCACAGGGGUGGCUAAGAAGCACAAUGGGGUUGGGGGCAGCUCCCCUAAGUCCAAGCUACUGUUUAGUAACACAACAGCACAGAAGCUAAGAGGGAUGGAUGAAGUGUACAACCUCUUCUAUGUUAACAACAACUGGUACAUCUUUAUGCGACUGCACCAGAUUCUUUGCUUGAGACUUCUGCGGAUUUGUUCCCAAGCAGAACGGCAGAUCGAAGAAGAAAACCGAGAAAGGGAGUGGGAGCGGGAAGUGCUGGGCAUAAAGCGAGACAAGAGUGACAGUCCUGCCAUUCAGCUCCGUCUUAAAGAACCUAGUGAGUGCCUAGACUGCUGGUUUACAGAAGAUGUGUUCACAGAAGAUGUGAGGGUGGAUGUUGAUGUAGAAGAUUAUUACCCAGCUUUCCUGGAUAUGGUGCGGAGCCUGCUGGAUGGCAACAUUGACUCAUCACAAUAUGAAGAUUCACUGCGAGAGAUGUUCACCAUUCAUGCCUACAUUGCCUUCACCAUGGACAAGCUCAUCCAGAGCAUCGUCAGACAGGUGAGGGCGAGGCUGCAGCACAUUGUGAGUGAUGAGAUCUGUGUGCAAGUGACUGACCUUUACCUGGCAGAAAACAAUAAUGGGGCUACUGGAGGCCAGCUGAACACACAGACUUCGAGGAGUCUCUUGGAGUCAGCAUAUCAGCGGAAAGCCGAACAGCUCAUGUCAGAGGAGAACUGCUUUAAGCUUAUGUUCAUUCAGAGCCAAGGCCAGGUUCAGCUGACUAUUGAGCUUUUGGACACAGAAGAGGAGAACUCAGAUGACCCUGUAGAAGCAGAGCGCUGGUCAGACUAUGUGGAGCGAUACAUGAAUUCUGAUACUACCUCUCCUGAGCUUCGUGAGCAUCUAGCACGGAAACCAGUAUUUCUCCCAAGGAACCUGCGGCGGAUCCGGAAGUGUCAGCGUGGUCGAGAACAGCAAGAAAAGGAAGGGAAGGAAGGAAACAGCAAGAAGAGCAUGGAGAAUGUGGAUAGCCUGGAUAAACUGGAGUGUAGGUUCAAGCUGAACUCCUACAAGAUGGUGUAUGUGAUCAAGUCCGAGGACUACAUGUAUCGGAGGACUGCCUUGCUCCGGGCUCAUCAGUCCCAUGAACGUGUAAGCAAGAGGCUGCAUCAGAGGUUCCAGGCCUGGGUAGAUAAGUGGACCAAGGAGCAUGUGCCCCGUGAAAUGGCAGCGGAGACCAGCAAGUGGCUCAUGGGUGAGGGGCUGGAGGGCCUGGUACCCUGUACCACCACCUGUGACACAGAGACUCUGCAUUUUGUGAACAUUAACAAGUACCGUGUCAAAUACGGCACAGUGUUCAAAACCCCAUAACUGCGAAGUCAGAGCAGAUAACUUGAAGGAGGUGUAUGUGUGAGGGGGGUGCGGUUCAUGUGCCCUCACACACACUGAAGAAAUGAGGAAGAUGCCUUUCAAGCCUCACUGGGCCUCUCUGGGACAUGGCCACCUGAUCUGUCUGUGCUCUGGAACUUUCCCCAAGGGUUUAGGAUCCUGGAGGGAAAGGAAAUCCACUCAAGCAUAAACACACAGCUUGCUUGCACACACCAGCAGAGCUAAGACUGGAGUCUCCUGGGGCCUGACCUUCGAAGAAGGAACCAGGUGCUAUUCAAACCUUGGCUGGAUGGGUGAACGUUGACAAACUAACUGGGGAAGGACUCAAUGCUCAGAUGGUUUGUAACUCUGAUGGUCAGUGCUCCUCUUCUCUUCCUCCCACCCCCCAAAAGGGGGACAAAACUGGAUUUGAUUUUUUUGUUUUAUUUUUUCCUGAUCACUCAAGCACAUUUAGAGCAUCCAUUAGGUUUUAUGUGGGACCCACAAUUUGGCUUUGGGAUUGAUCAUCUUGUGGAUUUGAUUCCUGCCGAAUCCCUUGUUGCCUCCCUUUUACUUUCUCCUCUGGUUAUCAACCUCAACAAGUUCAAAUCAGUUAUUUUUAGCUCCCAAGGAACUGUUUUGUAUCUGCUUCUUUACCAGUCUUCCCCAGUGCCAUCCACCAGCUUUACUCUUUCUCUCAAACACACCAAUUUUAACGGGGGUUUUCUUUUUUCUUUUUUGUAAAUAAUGUACAUACUGUCAAUUUUUUAUUAAAAGAAAUAUGCUUUGAUGUGCUAGCAUAACUGCUCUAGCUUCUUGUGUACCAUAGUUCUAUGUGACUUCAGAUUUAGUACCUAUGAACAGGUGUGCAAGACAUUUAUUACACUUUUUACCAAAGGGAGUUAUGGUUGUAGUACUUUUGUGUAAAACUUGUCUUCCCCUUGCCCCAAAACUUUUUUAAAAAAAAUAAUAAAGUUUGGUUCUCAAGGAA